ACAGACAGAGAGAGAGACAGAGAGAGGGAUAAUGGAAAGUUAUCGUCGUCAGAGGUACGACUCUCCUCCCAGGAGGGAGAAUAAAAUGCUUCGGAAGAAAGUCCCCGGCGGCUCGGCUGGUGGGCACAGUGGAGCUGCCCCUGGGACUCAGUGCGAGGAGGCGGAGAAAAGGAACAAAUUCCAUUUAAAUAUUAAAACAUUGACGGAUGAUGUGUUGGAUAAGUUUGCUAGUAUCCGAAAACCAAGCAGCAGACGUGAUAGACCUACAAUUCCAAAUUUUAAGUGUCCGCCAUUAUCCAAUGGUGACUGGCCUGCAAUAUCACCAGAAUACGAUGAAUUUUCUUCAAAUCAACUGCCAGAAAAGGAAGUUCUUUCACUCUUUGAAAAGAUGAUGGAGGACAUGAAUUUAAAUGAAGACCGAAAGGCUCCUUUGCGAGAGAAAGAUAUCAACACUAAAAGAGAAAUGGUCAUGCAGUAUGUCAGUGCAGCCUCUAAAACAGGUGGUUUGAAGAGCAGACAGUACAUGACCAUCUUACCCCAGGAGUUCAUUCAUGAGUUGAAGUCAGGUGUGGCAGAUGAAAGGCUUUUCAGUUCCCUGGAAUCCCUUCGGGUAUCUUUGACCAGCAACCCUGUCAGCUGGGUGGAAAACUUUGGAAAUGAAGGCUUGGGUCUGCUUUUGGAUGCACUGGAAAAAGUAUUGGAUAAGAAGCAUCAAGAAAAAAUCGAUAAGAAGAGUCAACACAAAGUCAUUCAAUGUCUGCGGGCCUUCAUGAACAACAAGUAUGGAUUGGAAAGAAUCUUGGGAGAAGAAAGAAGUCUGUCUUUAUUGGCCAGAGCUGUUGAUCCCAGGCAGCCUAACAUGAUGACAGAUGCAGUCAAGCUUCUUUCUGCAAUUUGUAUCGUUGGAGAAGAAAAUAUCCUUGAAAAGGUUUUGGAAGCCAUAACCACAGCAGGAGAGCUGAGGAAACAGGAAAGGUUCUACUCCAUUGUCGAAGGUCUCCAUGAUUCCUCUGUUCAAUUGCAGGUGGCAUGCAUGCAGCUUAUUAAUGCACUUGUGACAUCCCCUGAUGAUUUAGACUUCAGGCUGCACUUAAGAAAUGAAUUUGUGCGCUGUGGGCUGAGAGAGAUACUGCCGGAAUUGAGAACGAUUAAAAACGACGCGCUGGAUAUUCAGCUGAAAGUAUUUGAUGAGCACAAAGAAGAAGACAUGAUUGAAUUUUCACAUCGUUUGGAAGAUAUUAGAUGUGAAUUAGAUGAAAUAAGUGAUGUGUAUAAUAUACUGUCUUACUCUGUGAAGGACACGGGAGCUGAAACUUAUUUUCUAUCCAUUCUUCAACAUUUGCUAUUGAUCAGAAACGACUAUUUUGUGAGGCCUCAAUAUUUCAAGAUAAUAGAGGAAUGUGUUUCUCAGAUAGUCUUGCAUCGCAGUGCCACAGACCCGGAUUUCACAUACCGCAAACGAUUGGAUGUAGAUUUUAGUCAUCUUAUAGAUGUUUCUGUUGAUAAAGCAAGAGUAGAAGAGUGUGAGCAAAGACUAUCAGAAUUAACUAGAAAGUUGGAUGAAGAAUUUACAGGCCGGCAAGAGGCACAGGCCCAAAUGCAGAAAAAAGAAGAAAAAAUCAAUGUCCUUGAAGCUGAAUUGCAUAGUCUCAGGGCCCAGCUUGAAGGAAUACCAGCUGAUGUAAGGGCGACCACUGUUGGGCGUACUUCUCCACCUCCUCCAACUGCUGGCGGAGCCCCAAUACCACCUCCACCUCCACCUCCACCUCCAUUAAUUGCAGCAUCUGGGAUGUCACUGGCUUCAGGAGUUCCUCCACCUGCACCUCCAGCACCAGGUUUUGGGGGCAGUCGUUGGUCUCCAUCUCCUCGUACAUUGCCACAUGGAUUGAAACCCAAAAAGGAAUUCAAGCCAGACAUUAACAUGAAGAGAAUCAACUGGUGUAAGAUCAGACCACUUGAAAUGCCUGAGAAUUGUUUCUGGAUAAAAGCAAAUGAUGAUCAAUAUGAAAGCCCUGACUUGUUUACUCGACUCGCUCUUACCUUUGGUUCUCAAAAACAAGUUUGUUAUCAUCUUCGUAACACCUCCUUAAUACAGUCUCCUGAUGUCACGGUUUUCGUCAGCUACAGAAAAGACUAUCUAGUUCAGCAUAGUAACAGAAAAAUAACCUAUCAAUGUGUCAAAAGACGAGUGAUUGUUAGGACUCAUGAAAUUUGGUGUGAAUUGCAGAGAAAAAUGGCUGAAUGUGUUCAAAUGCUUCACACAGAAAAUACACAGACUUGGGGAUCCGAUUUUUAA